AAAACAGAAGUUGGGAAGAAGGAUCCAGCACAUUAACAGCAAAGGAAGCUCAACCUUCCUCAGUACCAACCCAUUCCUCCAGCCCAUCACAGCAGUGUUCAAUCAAGGAGAAUGCUAAGGCUGUCACCCCAAGCACAUCAACAUCUGCCAAGCAGCCUGGGGAAAAUGGCCCAGAGGAAAGCACAGUUCAGAAAGUCAGAAGUCUGCGUCCUGUGAUCCUCCCUCACGAUUUAUGUGAGAAAUUUCUAAAGUCUGCAAGGAAGAACACUAAGAAGAAAAUUGAGACCUGUGGUGUUUUGUGCGGAUCCAUGGUAGGAGAGGAGUACCAGAUCACGCACAUAGUCAUACCACUCCAGGAAGGAGGCCCUGACUACUGCUAUGCCACCAAUGAAGAGGAACUGUUUUUUAUUCAAGAAGAACUGGGGCUUCUCACCUUAGGGUGGAUUCAUACCCAUCCAACCCAGAGAGCAUUCUUAUCAAGUGUGGACCUACACACCCACUUUUGCUACCAGCAGAUGCUGCCUGAGUCCAUCGCAGUUGUGUGUGCCCCCAAAUACAAAGAAAUUGGAAUUUUCUCACUGACACCUACUGGGAUAAAUGAAAUUUCCUGCUGCUCCAUGAGGGGGUUCCAUCCUCAUAGAGAGGACACUCCUCUCUUCUGCGACUGUGGCCAUGUCACCAUCCAGAACACCAAAGUGAUGAUCACUGAUUUACGAUGA